AUGGUCCUUUUACUGUCCUACAGACCCUCCUCCCAAGCCGCCCGCGCCGAGCUGCGCCUUGCCAGACUUGUACUGAGGAUUCAUGCCAGCAAGACCGAUCUGCGUCUCGCAACCGAGGACCAGAAGAAGCAAUACACACGCCUGAUUAACACAAAGAUUUGCAAGUACAGCAGCGAGGACACGAUCUACAGAUUGAUCUUGACGGCGACGCUUCUCUCGUGGGAGUUGCGAGAUCAAGUCAGGGCCGAGAUUCAAGACGCCAACGGACAGAAACUGUGGUUCUCAGAAUUCCACAAGGAGUCCUACGGACACUUGGAGGUCAAAUUCAACCACUUCGAGCCAACUACCGGUACGUAUGCGACAGCUGAGACGGAGAUCGCUCGAGCCCAAAUCCCGACCGGAGCCAACACGAAACUGCGCGAGAAGCUUGCACAGAUGUUCCCCAGGGCCGUCCCCAAAGGCAAUAGCCGUAAGCCCAAGGACGUUUCGCUCUGGAUUCAAAGACUCCAGGCGGCAGAAAAGAUAUUGGAGGACCAAGCCGCUGCACGUGCCACUGCUGCCAAGGUGCCAGAGGAGGACAAGCUCUAG